CAGAAGGGGUUGACGAGGAGCGUACGGAGGAACGGCAAAGAACGACGCGCGGCGACGGCCGCAGGAUUCGCAGUGAAGCCAGCAAAAUGGGGGGGCCCUUUCGUGUCGCGUGAGUCGCCGCCACACGCUGGAGGAAAAAGUUUUGCGGCCGGAGAUGAGCGGAGAAGGUUCCUUGAGAAGGCGGCUCUCCUCCCUCAGAGGGGCAUGGCGAUGGAGCACGGGCUACGUAUUCCGGAAGGGCUCGACGAAAUCCUCCAAAAGCACGGAGUCACGCCGCAGGGCUUCCAGGAGCGUGAGUCUGCUGCAGUCCCUGGAGGAGAGCUACGAGUUGGACCUGCUCUACAUCACAGAGAGGAUCAUCGCCGUCUCGUUCCCCAGCGGCGCCGAGGAGCCCAGCUACGCCGCCAACCUGCGCGAGGUCGCCUCCAUGCUGCGCUCCAAACAUGGCCACAACUACCUGCUCUUCAACCUCAGCGAGAAACGCUACGACAUCAGCGAGCUUCACUCCAAGGUGUUGGACUUUGGCUGGCCCGACCAUCACGCGCCAGCCCUGGAAAAGAUCUGCAGCAUCUGCAAGGCCAUGGACACGUGGCUGAGCGCAGACAGCCGCAACGUGGUGGUCAUACACAACAAGGGCAACAGAGGCAGAACGGGAGUCGUGGUGGCGGCCUUUAUGCACUACAGCAACAUCUCCGCCAGCGCUGACCAGGCUCUGGACAGAUUUGCCAUGAAGCGCUUCUAUGAAGACAAAGUGGUUCCUGUGGGUCAGCCCUCUCAGAGAAGGUAUGUGGAGUACUUCAGCGGUUUGCUCAGCGGACACAUCAAGAUCAACAACAAACCGCUGUUUCUUCACCAUGUCAUCAUGCACGGCAUUCCCGACUUUGAGUCCAAAGGAGGAUGCCGUCCUUUCCUGAAAAUAUACCAGGCAAUGCAGCCCGUCUACACAUCUGGGAUCUACAAUGUUCAAGGGGACAGUCAGACGAGCAUCUGCAUCACCAUUGAACCGGGCCUACUUCUCAAAGGAGACAUUCUGCUCAAGUGCUACCACAAGCGUUAUCGCGGCCCGUGCCGGGACGUGAUUUUCCGGGUGCAGUUCCACACCUGCGCAGUUCACGACUUGGGAAUCGUCUUUGGCAAAGACGAGCUCGAUGAGACGUUCAAAGAUGAGAGGUUCCCGGAAUAUGGCAAAGUGGAGUUUAUAUUUUCUUUUGGCCCAGAAAAAAUGUAUGGUCAAGGUAUGGAUCACCUGGAGAACGGGCCGAGCGUCUCUGUGGACUACAACACGCAAGAUCCGCUGAUUCGCUGGGACUCCUACGAGAACUUCAAUCACAACAAUGAGGACACUACAGAAGAAGUCAUCCACACUCAAGGACCCUUGGAUGGGAGUCUCUAUGCCAAAGUGCGUAAAAAAGACUCUGUUGACGGGACCGUCACGGUCAACGGGCUCCCACCCGCUGCUGCCGAACACACCCUGCCCGCCGUCGACCACGCCUUGUCAGUGAGCAGCGACUCGGGAAACUCGACGGCCUCAAUUAAAACGGACAGGACGGACGAAGCGGCAGCCGUCCAUCCGGCCGUGAACCUGCCGAGUGUUCCCACCGUUGAGGAGGUACCUCAAGUCCAUCACCACGACCAGCAAGCCAUCAGCCCCCGGGAGAAGCAGGAGCUGGAACAGCUCCUGGGUGGGCUGGAGGGGCCCAUGCAUCGUCAGACCUACCGCGCCUCGCCGACGUCCGCCGUCGGCGGGAUAUUCCAGCGCGUGCCGGCUCAGGUGCACGUGAACGGUCACGGCGCCGUGGAUCGGGAAACGGAUAUUUUAGAUGAUGAACUACCGAGCAGUCAAAAGGCAAACAGCGUGGACAGUCUGGGGACGUUCUCCUCCACCGAUGGCCGAGCCACGCCGGCGGAUCUCUACUUCCAGGCGGAGUCGGUCAUUAACGGCCAGGACCACGUGGCGUACCUGGAGCGCAGUGUUGCAGAAAGCCCGGUAGAAACGGCGCAGUCGCAAAUUUGCUUCACAGACCAACCCGUUACGCUGACUCGAAAUGAUUCUUUGCCAGCCUCCAAUUAUAUGACAACUCCGAAUCUGUCCCGUUCACUGUCACUCGGUUCGGAUUCGCGGUCAAUGCCCCCAGCUCCCACCCGGACCACCAGUAGCAGGGAUGCCGUCCAACGCGGUCUCAAUAUUUGGCAACGGUUCGGCGUGCCUGAGGAGCCUGUGACCGAAGGGCUCACUUUCGGGACGCCGCCUUCUGCGGUUCACCAGAGCCUUCCGCAGUUCCCUCACGGCCACAGCGCUUCACAGGAAGAGAUUGAGCAAUCCAUAGAGACGCUCAAUCUUCUCAUGCUGGACUUGGAGCCCAGCCGUUCUUUCAUCCCCAAGUCGCAAAGUGCUCCUCUGAGGGACACCGGUGUCGUCACAACGCAGCCCUCCUUCUCUCUGAGCCAGAGCCGAGCCAUCUAUGAGGUGGAUACUCCUCCGAUGUCCAGCCAGCAGUCCCCCGUGAAACCCAGCACGCCGGAGCCCGCCCCUGUGUUUGGAUCGCAGGCCACUGGAACCGGUCCGUCUUCAUCGGCUUCUGCAACUGGUCAGCUCCGGCCCCAGGCAGUCGACACCUUCCGGCCGAGCGCUUUGUCUCAGUCCACUGAGGUCCUACAACACCAAAGACGCGCCGAUGCUGGAGCAACUUUACCCGCUUCAGGGGACGCCGACCCCGAUGACGUCUUCAACGUUGAAGGGCUGGUGGCUCAACGAGUUGCAGAGUACUCGGCGCGCGCCCAACGGGUCACCUGUGGAAUUUCCUCCACUUGCUCUCACUCGAUUUUGGGUGUCCACUCCCGUGCGACGUCUCCGGACGAGCCCACAGUUGUUCCUCCCCAUCGCAUCGCGAGCGAGGGCCCAGAAGACGCCACCUCCUCCGACGUCCCAGUCCGUUCUCCUGUUCGUUGCGUUUCUCCCGAGUUCGUCAACGCCAUCGCCAUGAACCCCGGCGGACGGCCGAAGGAGAGACACAUGCACAGCUACCGAGAAGCCUUCGAGGAGAUGGAGGGUGGGCCCAGUAGCCCGACCCCCACAGUUGGUGGUGAGGCGCUUCCCGCGAGCCCUGCCUUCCCCACCUCGGCGCAAACCCCUUACUUCAACCUGUGUAAGUCUGCCCUCUGGCUGCCGCCGUGGAGCUCGGGCACCGCUCGUCUUAUUUCGGUCGGCGUGUCAAGUAACAGCAGUACAAUACGUCACUCAAAAAACGCUUUUCCUUGGAAUGUUGCUAUUUUUGGGUUUGUUUGUUUUUUUGUGGCUUACUUUGAUCAAUCCGCAGCAUAAGCCGAUGACCUGUUC